GCGCCAACUUUGCCGGAGGCGCUUGCAGCGGGGGCCGGGCGGCCGCAGGGGGUGGCGACCCCGGAACGCGUCCCGCGGUGUCCUCAGAGAGCGCCCCUGGCAGCAAACGCAACAGUGCGGGACGCCGGGGCCCGCGGCUCCUCCAGCCGGGGCGGGGGCUCGUCGCGCUCCGCUGACAGCCUUGGUGGCGACGGUCGCGCGCCUUUGCGCGCAGCUUGGCGAGUGGAGAGGGGGCGCGGGCAGCCUGGAGGCGCGCCGCUGCGGCGAGCUGGCCGCUCUCGUGAGGUACUGCGGUGCCCGGCACAAAGGAACGCAUCCAAAGUGUGCGUGCCAUGCCCACGGCCCGCAGCGGUGUCCCGAGCUCGCUGCACGCGGUGGACCUCAGGCGAGCGCAGCCCCGCCCCCGCUCGGGUCACUGGGCAUCAGCGAGCCUCGCCGCCUGCACCCAGACUUAAGACAACGGAGAUGCUGGAUGAGAACCACCAUCUGAUCCAGUGCAUCCUGGACUACCAGAGCAAGGGCAAGACGGCCGAGUGCACUCAGUACCAGCAGAUCCUGCACCGGAACCUGGUCUACCUGGCCACGAUAGCAGACUCCAACCAGAAUAUGCAGUCGCUGCUUCCUGCGCCACCAACACAGAACAUGAGCCUGGGCCCGGGAGCGCUGAGCCAGAGCGGUUCCAGCCAGGGCCUGCACCCCCAGGGCAGCCUCGGCGACGCCAUCAGCACAGGCCUGCCCCCUGCCUCCCUCAUGCAGGGCCAGAUCGGUAACGGUCCAAACCACGUGUCCAUGCAACAGACGGCCCAGAGCACACUGCCCACAACCUCCAUGAGCAUGUCAGGCAGCGGUCAUGGUACUGGGCCUGGCUACAGCCACUCGGGACCCACCUCACAGAGCGUUCCCAUGCAAGGCCAAGGUGCCAUCAGCAACUAUGUAUCUCGGACCAACAUCAACAUGCAGUCCAACCCAGUCUCCAUGAUGCACCAGCAGGCAGCCACGUCCCACUACAACUCGGCACAGGGCGGGAGCCAGCAUUACCAGGGCCAGGCGCCCAUUGCCAUGAUGGGCCAGGGUGGCCAAGGGAGCAGCAUGAUGGGACAGCGGCCCAUGGCGCCCUACCGACCCUCCCAGCAAGGCUCUUCCCAGCAGUACCUAGGCCAGGAGGAGUACUACAGUGAACAGUACAGCCACAGCCAGGGUGCUGCAGAGCCCAUGAGUCAGCAGUACUACCCAGACGGCCACGGCGACUACGCCUACCAGCAGUCGUCCUACACAGAGCAGAGCUACGACCGCUCGUUUGAGGACUCCACACAGCACUACUAUGAGGGGGGAAACUCCCAGUACAGUCAGCAACAGACUGGGUACCAGCAGGGCUCAGCGCAGCAGCAGACCUACUCCCAGCAACAGUACCCCAACCAGCAGAGCUACCCGGGCCAGCAGCAAGGCUACGGCCCUGCCCAGGGAGCCCCCUCACAGUACUCGAGCUACCAGCAAGGCCAAGGUCAACAGUAUGGAAGCUACAGAGCAUCGCAGACGGGACCUUCUGCCCAGCAGCAGCGGCCUUACGGCUAUGAGCAGGGGCAGUAUGGAAAUUACCAGCAAUAAGGAACAAGUGCUGUCUUUGGACCCUUCACAGUAGUAUGUUCUGGACAAGCCAGUGGCAGUUCUGAUGAGUCAUGACAUGUUGGUUACCCUGCGCCCAAUGCCAUGUCUGCAUGUGAGGCAGGCUCAUUUCAUGCUGGGUAUGAUGCCAAGCGUGCACUACUGGCUGUGAUGGUGUGACAUUUGGUGCUGUGUAAAGUAUUGUAUAUCGACACGAUGGAGAGGUUGUCCUGUUUGUGCCCCUCACCCCUCCUAGAUGUUCUUAGCUAGCUUUGGGGGGUCAUACUGCCAUCACAUGUUCGUGGCCAGUGAUGAGACAGUAUCUGAAAGACACCAUGGUCCAUGUUACCGUAAGCAGACCCAGCGUGUUCCUCUCACACCUUUGUUGCAGAGUGGACUAUAAAUGUUUCUUUAACUGGCUGCCCACAGCUUGACACACAUACUGCAACCCUGGGUGGCCAUCUUCCUGUGCCUGGAUGGGGCUUGGGGACACCUUCUGUGUCUUGGGCUAGUUUCUUGUAUCACUGUAACAAAGAAAAUGUGCUUCAUGUGGAGAGACCGUGAGCUGUCCUCUCCAGAACUCACCCACCGCCUGUGUCCGUCCACUCCCUGUGAUCCCAAAAGUGUGUGGCUUUAAAUUAGACAAUGAAGAGGGGUCAGUGACUCUAUUCUGAGGAAUCGUGCCCAUGAGGGCAGUGUGAGAGCAACCCACCCUAGGGAGGGCAGUGUUCUGCAGAGCGAGGCUCGCUGUCUGCCAGCUGUGUUGUGAGUAGUGUGGCUUUGCCCUUGUUUAUUUGAUGUCAUGUCAAGGAUUUGAGUAUGCCCGGUCCUAAACUUCAAGAGAACUGGAAGUACUGAUGCUAAAUUUUACAAGUUCAGAUUGUUAAGCAAGCGUUCCUUUGCAUUUAGGGAAAUCUGAAAUCCACACCGUAUUUUUAACAAAUCGAAAUAACUUUAUUAUGUUAUUUUAAAUGAAAAGUACAAGUUUUAUAUAGUGAAAUUUAGUGGGUUUUUUCUUUUUUCAUUACAUCCCUAGAAUGUUCAAUCUCAUUUUAAUUCUGUGUAAAACAUGAGAAACAGCCUUUUUGAAAAGGUACGAUCAAAGGGAAAUACCACAUAUAAUGUAGCACUGGCAUUUCUCAGCCUUUAUUGGGACAGUAAUAAUCAUGUUACUAUGAAGGGGGUGGGCUUCAAAAUAAGUGCUGGUGUAAUUCUAAGAAUAACCAAGAAGAUACAAAAACAAAAAACCCAAGGAUCCAGAGCCUGGUGCAUCACCUAACCAGGUUUUGUUUUGUGUUUUUAGACAAGGUCUUGAGUAGCCCAGGCUGGCCUCAAACUCACUGAAUAGCUAAGGCUGACCUUAAGUUCAUGAUCCCCCUGCCUCCACUUCCCAAGUCCUGAGAUUUCAGACAUGCACCACACCUGGCUCUAUUGUGUCGGUUGAUAGCUUCUCGAAUAUGAACUUACCGAUAUGAAACUCACCCAUAGUUCAGUGGGUGAGGAUGUACAAGGCACUUUUGUGGGUUUUACUUGAAUUAAUCUUGACAGCCUUGCUGGGAAAAACAGAGCAAGGACUAUUUCACUUAGAGGGCUAGACUGAAGGACUUGUCUGUGUUGGCUACAGUCCUGUUCUCCCCUUCCUGUAGAACUGAUACAUACCAACAAAUGCAGGCAUGUAUGUCUUGUAGGCAUAGGGUUUAGGAAACCCUUAACACUGGCAAGGGCUGACCAUGUGACGGUAUUACCUUUACAGAAAUGAGUUUCUGAUCGCUAAGUGACAAGUAUUAGCAACUUCAUUUUAGGGGGUCAUCUCUUUUGCUCCUUUCUUUUCUGGAAAUUUUUAUAAAACUAGUCUACAAGCUCAAUUGGGGCCUAAAAUUUCCCAUUGAAAAUGUCGAAACAUUUUAAGUAACUGUGAAAAUGGUUUUUAUUCCUUGCCAAUCUGGGAAUAUGCCUUUUAUGUGUGUGUGUGCAUGUGUGUUUGCGUGUGUGCGUGUAUGUGUGUUAAGUGCUGUAUUAGUAUGUGUGUAUGUGUAUGUUAAGCGCUGUAUUAGUGUGUGUGCGUGUAAGUGCUGUAUUAAUACUUUUUGAAAGAAAAGGACACUUAAAAAAUGUAUCACCCCAAAACUUCAAUCUGAAAUGUCUUACAUUAAGAAUUUCUUGAAUGUUGUGUAUAUAUUUUUAAAAGCACUUUGUGAAAUAGUUUGUACAUUUAUUUCCUAAUUUAUACAUGAUUUUGGUGUUAAUAUAUUUAAUGAUUAAUAAUAAUGUUUAUUUAAUGUUUUGUUCAUUUUUAUGUAAUUUUUGUGGGGAAAAGUGAUGCCAGCAGUUCUUUUUCAUUGACUGUAUUAUAGCUUCUGUAACAUGAAUGUUUGGAAAGUCCUAGGCUGAAAUGAACCCCUUCCUGCAGGUGUGGUUGACUGUGCUUUGUUUUUUUAUGACUCCUCCUACCGAAGGCCAGAAAAGAUGAAAAGGGAGAUUUGGAAAUCGCUGCUCAUUCUUCUUCCUGUUUCCCAACAUCCGUCCAACACUUGGUGAACUUGACCAGUGAUGAUUGAGGUUUUCAGAUGUGCUGACAGUUACCUGCUGCUUGGCAGAAGCCCGGAGUCUGGGGCUGUGGUUGGAUGAACAACGCCUCUCCAGACUUAGCUUAGCACAGUGGGAGACUGGAGAUGUCUGCAGAGGCACUGGGCAAAGGAGGGCCUUGACCAGGAAGGAAGGGUCAUCCUAUCCUGUAGUACCAGUUUUCAGGCGUGGGCUUCAGUAACGAGCGUCCAUUCAAAAUUGUAAAAAGAGGAAGACUUUCCAUUUUCAUUAAAACAUUUUUUUUAGCCAUUA